UCCAAGAUGGCGACCAAUCUACGUGUCCCAGUGUUAGCUGCGUGUUUUGCCUUAUGUAUCUCUUUAGUUACCUCCGAUGCCAUUGAACAACAACUUGAUCUGAGACGAGGAGAUGGUGGUGGGGAUGAUGGACAACAAAGACAUUUCCAGCAAUCUGUAGGAGCUGGUCUGCAGAAGGUCCCCGUAGCUGGUGAUGGUGCGGCUGUGGGGAUCGCCGGUCUGCCACAGCAGCGGGGAGUGGGUGCAAGAGAGGCGGAGUUGCAGCAACUUAGAAUGCAAGCCGCGCAAGCCAAUUUUAAACAACAGCAGCCACCACAACAGUGGAAGAAUCCCCCGAAUCCCCAACAAAUGAAUGCGGGCCUGCCAGAUAGUAGAAGGUUAAUUAACAAUAACAUUAACAAUGUGCAUCAGGCUGCAGCACAUGCAGCAGCAGGAUUGCAGAAACGAGGGCAAGAAGGAGGGCAGCAAGGCCAGCCGUUUCAACAACCUCGGGCACCAAAGCCUCCAAAGAGUCCAAGGGGAGGCCCAGGUAAACCCAUUAGGAUUGCAGAUCAGCCUGCGUGUCAACAGGAGGUGGCGGCAUUUUGCAGCAAGAAUAUACGAGGAAACAAUUUUGUGGUACUGGAUUGUCUACAAAAUGCCAAUGAGAAUCGCAAGCGAGCUGGCAUCAAGGAUAAUACUGAGUUUGGUGAUAGUUGCAACAGGUUUUUGUGGGACUACAAGAUGAACCUCACCAUGGAUGUGCGUUUUGACUCGGCAGCUUUUGAAGUUUGUAAAACUGAAAUUACCAAGUUUCCAGAUUGCGCUGCCCUGGAACGAGGUAAAGGCCUCGUCCUGCCGUGCCUUUACGACGUCUACGAGAACAUCACCUCUGUACAAUGCAGACAGUACGUCAACAGGAUGAAGACGAUCACGUUCAGUGAUUUCAGACUCAUCCACGGCUUCUUCAUGGAGUGCAAGGAGGAUAUUAUCGACAAGAAAUGCGGCGUCGUCAACGACAACAGUCUCGCUGUGAAGAAUGCCCCGGCAGUUCCCCACAGCCAAGGCGCCACGAUCAACUGCCUGGAAUCCAAACUGAAAGAUCUACAAGGAGAGUGCAAAAAGCAGAUCCUGCGGGUAGCCGAGCUUACGGCCGACGAUUACCACAGCGAUCGCGCUUUGUUCUUCGCCUGUCGGGAAGACCGGGAGCGGUUCUGCGCCGCUGAGGCGGCCGGCCAGGGACAAAUCUACAAGUGCCUUUUGAAGCACAAGUUCAAGGAGGACAUGAGCGAAGGGUGUCGUAACAAACUCACCGUCCGUCAAACCGUGGUCAAUGAAGACUUCAAGGCCAACUACCGGCUCGCUCGGAAAUGUCGCGAGGACAUGAAGAAGACGCAGUGUAUGAGCCCAAGAGACAAGCAGAACCGCGAGCUGAGACUCUCCAAACUUCUCAUCUGCCUGGAGACUGCCAAACAUAAAGGUUUUAAGCUGUCAGGCGAUUGCGUAGCAGAGGUCGAAGACACCCGCAAGAGCUUGAUGGAUGACUUCAUGGUCAACCCAGAGGUUAUCUUAAACUGCAGGAGCGAAAUAGCCAGCAACUGCGAUGGGGGACUACAGCGUGAGGGUAAAACCCUGCACUGCCUGAUGAAGCUUGCCAAGCAGCAAGGCGGAAAGGAGACUGGAUCCAUGAGCAGGAAGUGUGAGAAAGCGCUUCAAGAACUUGUAGAGACGGCUGACGCAGGAGCCAAUUAUCGUAUUGACAGUGCACUUCACAAAGCCUGUAAGCCAGUGCGGGACAAACUCUGUAAGACCGAGGAUGCCGGAGACGCAAAGGUACUUUCAUGUCUGAUGGAGAACAUCUACUCGUCCGAGAUGACCAAAGAAUGCGAAACCCAACUGCUGGAACUGCAAUAUUUUGUCUCCAGAGAUUUCAAAUUGGAUCCCCUGCUGUAUAAGAACUGCCAGCAAGACGCCACUGACCUAUGCUAUAUAGAGAACUGGCAGAAUAGUCAGCUCCCCCAGGGAGUGGUCUUUGCUUGUCUACACAGACACCUUCACCCACAACCAAACGAGGUUGCGCUGUCACCAGGGUGCCAGGCCCAGGUCCAUCGGGUUCUACGCCAGCGUGCAGUCAGCAUCCACCUCAACCCUCAGAUUGAAGCAAAAUGCCGCGCUGACCUCGGUCAAUACUGUGCAGACAAGACGGGCAAAGGAGAGGAGCUGAUCUGUCUACAAGACAACGUGGAGAAACUGCAGGACGAUUGUCGUAAGAUGAUUGGCAACUUCACUGUGGAGGAAGCUGAAGAUAUUAAGAUGAAUCGUAAACUCAUGGCAGCUUGUGCUCCCAUGAUUAAGAAGUUCUGUAAAGAUUUCUUGUCCAAGAAGGUCGAUGAAGGAGCUGCUCUUCAGUGUCUGAUUGAUCACAAGAACGACGAGGAGAUGGACCAGAAAUGUGCCAUUGGUAUCGAGCAUUUCCAACUGAUUCAGCUUCAAGAUUAUCGUUUCAACUUUAAAUUCAAGGAAGCCUGUCGGAAGGACGUCGUUCAACUGUGUAAAAAGAGCAAAGACAAGAGCUCUAUUAUUAAGUGUCUCAGCGGCCAAGUACGUGACGACACUCUGAUGGAAAAGGAGCACAGUGUCAGCAUUGAAUGCCGCAAACAGCUUAAAGCGGAACUCCUACAGAGGUCCGAGGAUAUUCAUCUGGAUCCUGAACUCUUCAAGGGAUGUGAGAAAGACGUGCCCAAGUUCUGCUCUAACAUCAAGGCGGGAAACGCCCGCAUCCUGGAGUGUCUUCGGGACCACCGGAAGGAGUUGGAGGACCAGUGCCACGUCAAGCUCUUUAACCGGCAGAAGGAGCAGGCUCAAAAUGUCCAGACUGAUUACACCUUUGUGCACUCCUGUAAACGAAUGAUCAAGCUCUACUGUUCUGGCAUUCCACAAGAUGAACUUUUGAAGUGCCUCAAAACUCACCGAAAUGAGCAGUCAUUUGAUUCAAACUGCAAAGCGGUUCUGACAAAAAGAUCCAUCCAAAAGCUGGAAGACUUCCGCCUGAACCCGUUGCUUCAGAAGGCGUGCCGUCGUGACAUGCCAAAGUUCUGUGGCAGCAUCCAAGAGAAAGCCAAGCAAGAGCAAUACAAGAACAAGGAGCUGGAGGGGGAAAUGGUGGAGUGUCUUAAGACAAAGUUCUCUACCAAGAACCUGUCGCCAGACUGUGAGAACUACGUCAGAGAUCUGAUUCACGAGGCAGCCAUGGACUACAGGAUGGACCCCGUCUUGUCUCGUAUCUGUAAGACGACCACGGUGAAGUAUUGCUCGGAGCAACUAGAGUCUCCUGGCCAGGGACAGGUAGAGGAAUGCUUGAAGAGUAAACUACAUGAGGGGAAGAUUGACGACCUCAAGUGCCGCAUGCAAGUAAUCCGUCUGGUGCAACAAGGCCGUGCUGAUGUCCACGUUGAUCCUCUACUCUACAAAGCAUGUGCCUUGGAUAUUAAACAUUUCUGCGCUGGUAUACCACAAGGGCAGGGCCGACAGAUGUCGUGUCUUAUUGAAGCUCUAGAUGAUAGCACUAUUAAGCUUCAUCCAGAUUGUCAACGUAUGAUCUCUGAGAGAAAGGAAAUGUGGUCAUACUCGGUCAAAGUUGCGCCACCAGGUUCUCUACAAGACCUCGCCGCUGCAAUCAAUUCAUCGGAGUCACGAGGCUACUUUCUUAUGGUCUUUCUGGCAAUAAUAGGAAUACUUUUCUUCGGGGGAAUGUGCUGCGGGCGAGCCACGAAGCGAAUCCGGGCUGAACUAAAAAACAAGUGAUUUUUUUUAUUUUAUAUAUAGGUAUGAACUAAAAAAAUAGUUUGUUUGGGUUUAUUUUUGUGAGUCAGUAAGGGUUCUGUAGUAUCGUAGAGCACAAUGCAUACUGGGUAUUAUCUACUUAAAUUCUGCCUGCUUCUUCUCUAUGUUGUUUUCAUUGCCCCGUCAGUUAUGCAGAAAAAUUAUUGAAACCGUAUGAUUUUUUUGUUCCAUCGGAGUUGCUGAUUUCUCACUUUGAUAAAAUUUAUAAUUUCUACGCCUCAUUGAGAUUAUUUCACUUCUUUUGAUGCAAGGACUGUUGAAUGCGCUGGAAGGAGUUCCUCAACGACAGUUUUGCCCAUUCUGUGUUUCGGAAACUUGCACAAUCUUGUUUCAAACCCAAAGAGAAUUGCGAUAAAACUGAGAGCAAAGAAUUUUGUCUUUGAGAGGGCAAGGCUUAUUUAGUUUGCGAUGGGUCAUUUUCACAUGGAAGUUUGAAAGUCUUUGUGAAAUUCCAGGCCUAACUUAUAAUCAAUUUGACAAGGGGCCAGUACAUAAGCCUGGUCCCUAUUGAUACCCACCCCCCCCCCCCC